UUCCAUCUCUCGCCACAAUCCUUCUCCUCGUUAGUGUUAUUUUCGCCUUUCGCCCCCUCCACCUUAUCUUCUUCGACGACUUCAAGAUCGAUUGUCACUUCCAGUUGGCGGAGUGCCGCCGUGAUGCCAAGGCGGCACCGCCCCGCUGUGGCUCGCACUUCCACCCCCAUGGAUGGUCGAAAAUCUAGCGGAAAUUGCCAAAUCGGCCAGAGCAAGAGGCGUGGCAAUCGUCGGAGCGCCCGCUCCAAGCAACCUUCCACCCCCAUGGAGGGGCUAAAACCUAGGAAAAAUUGCCAAAUCGGCCAGAGCGAGGGGCGUGGCAACCAUCGGGCCGCCGGAUCCAAGCAAGCGACGGCCGAGAUCUCCCCAGGGUGCUGCGUGCACUGCCCCGCGGCGGCGGCGGCUCCGGCUCGGACGCAAGGCCGCCCAAAAGCGGAGCAGGAUCGCCCCCGACGCGGAGCGGGGGGUUGGGAGCGGGACAAAUCUCCCUCGUCAGCACCUCCACCACCACCGUCCACCGCCACCCCGCUCUCGCCCCCUCCAGCCUCGCCCCUCGCGUGGGAGGGACGCCGUGUCCUCCUGCCCCCACCGCGCCGCGCGGGGAAACCCUAG